ACGCUGCAUUUCUUGUAAAAUAAACACAUAAUAGCCACAUAAUAAUCUUUGGGGUUAUUUAACUAUAUAUCCAAAAACUGAGAUUACGCAACAUGUGUUUUCUCUACAUAACUCCCACAGUUCCAACAGUAUUGUCCUGUCAGAUGCCAAUUUUUGUGAAUAAAAACCUAAAAUGUAGAAAAAUUUAGAAUGUUAUGUUGUUGCAAAAACGGUCCUGUUUUGAUCAUUAAAAUAAAUAGCACGUUUCAAUAAUAUGUUUUACAGUAUAUUCAAAUACUUCAAUUAUUAGUAAAAACACUGGUAUAAAAACGACCAAUUAUCCAAGUUCCAAAAAAAAAUUAAAAAAAAAAUUCCAGUCCAAUUAUUUCACAGCUCAUCUGUUGCUGGAUUCCUUUGAACCAUAAGUAGAUAACCAUGGCAAUCCAGAAUCAGCUUUAGCAGUCAUUAAACCCGUCAACAACAAUUAUAUCUCAGAUAUUCACAGCCAUUGGAGAAGUGCCAAUUAAUCACCUCAGCUCUCCUUGAUUAUUUUAAAUAACGGUAUGCUUGAGAUAAUAAGACUUGAGUUAUUUAUGGGCUUGUGGUUAAAACACACCCCUCAUACGCUCAGUAGAUUACUGUUGCGUGGCAAUGUGUCACUACACAGUAAAAGACCAUUCGUGGGGGGGAUGUUGGGAACCUGAGAUGCUGUGAAUAGACAGCUGGCUGCAGGUGAGAAUCACUCGGACAGUCUGCAUCUGUGAAUAAGCAUGACAAAGACCACAGGGAAGGAUACUAAAAGGCAAAGUUGUUCAUUUUGGCUCCAAACAAACUGAGGAAGAAGGUCUUUCUGAGAUUGAACAAUUUAUUAAUCAAGCUCCAGUAACAAGUGACAGAUCAAAAAUGACUAACACCAGUGAUCGGAUGGAUUUGGCUUUUGUGCUUCAAACAGUGACCAGCCCCAAUCUAGCUGACAGCAAUAGGCUUCUGGAGACCAUAAAAUCAUUUGUCCAUUUUGGAGCUUUCAUUGUCACUGGUCUCUUUACCUGCCUCAUCAUAGCAACAGUGCGGAACAAGCAGGAGCUGCAUCAGAACCCUAGCUACAUCCUAUUGUGUCAGCACUGUGUCUGUGUGACCGGCUUCAACAUCAUGGGUGCAGCUGUACACACUCUUCGCAGCCUACGUUGGCCAGUCUCUCGAAUCACCUGUUGGAUCCUCUUCGACCUGCAGGUGGUGAUGGCACGAGGUUUGAUGAUCACCCUCACACUGAUGUCCAUCAGCACUUGUCUGUCCAUUUGCAUGCCACUCCGCUACCCCAUUCUGGUCCAGCGCUUAUACCGCUGGGUCGCAUUGGUGGCUUGCAUUCUAGCUCUACUCAACCCCGUAGUGUUCACCAUCCUAGCCUGUGUGCGCUUUCCGUGGGACUAUGUGGUCGGGCUGGACAUCGAGUGCUCCACGGCUUUGGAGGGCACCGCAUGCAUUGCCAGUGCUUUAGCACUGCUGUUAUUGCUGGUGCUGCUUAUUAUCAUAAGCUACGUGGUGAUUUACCUGGAAGGCAGACGUGCUGGACAUUUCACACGAUCCAACAGUAAAGGCCGCCGCACCAUUCUCAUCCACAGCCUGCAGAUGAGCCUGCACAUUCUUCCCUCUCUCAUCAUCAUUUCCCGGCAUCAGGAGACGCUCCCCAUAGCAGUGUCGAUUUUUAUCCUCUUCAGUUUUGCACAGUCCCUGAGCCCCGUGGUGUUUGGCCUGCGCUGCAAAGAGCUCUACACGAAUAUGCCACGAUUUCUGCCUUGCUUCUGGGGAAACUGUGGCAGCUGUGGUCACACUGGGAGCAUAGAGAGCAGCAGCACUGGAACAAUAACCAGUGCGGAGACUGCAGCCAGUAUAGAGACUAAUGCCUCCACCUGUAUGGCCACCAGCAUCCCAUCUGCCAUAACAACAGAGCAUGAGGGCGAAAUUGAGGGGUCAGACUUCGCCGAGUUAACUGUAUAAGUUAUAAACAAGUGGGAUGAGAUGGACAACAGUGUCUCAACAGUGUUAACAAAUAGACAGUGGCCUCUGUAUUUAAAACACGGAAUAGGGAGGUCAACAAAAGAUACAAAACUAAGUUUACCUUUUUUUUUUUUGCUUAAUCUUAACAACAUCAAAAGUUUGGGAUCAAGAAGAUUAAAAAAAAAUUAUUCAGCUAUAAAGCUAAAUAUAGCUAAAAGAAUAUGGCUGCGUCCGAAAGCUCAAAAAUGCUGCCUUUGGAGGCAGCAUUCCAAGGCGGGAAAGCAUCAAAGCACAUCCGAAUCAAAAUUUUGAAGGCAUCAUAGAUGUAUCCUUCACUGCCUUUGAUAUCCCACAAUCCUGUGUGUUCCAUUCUGUGAUGGUUGAGCUAAAAAAAUAAAUAAAGAUGGCAUCUGAAAGUUGCAUUUGGUGGUUUGUGUGUGUAAAUGUAUAUUUCUGACAGAUUUUUUGCACUUUUGAUGUUAUUUGCGAGAAAUCAGCAUUACAGUAAUGAAAUAUUUGUUUAGUUAUCACCAAAACUUGUUCUAUUUUGUCAUAGAUUGUUACACCGUUACACUGCCUCAGAAUCCUGUCUGAAGUUUCAUGUUUCAUGAGGUGCCUUCGUGGAAAACCGCUGCUUGCAAAAUCAUUGCCUCAUAAGGCAGCAAGUCAGCUGCCUAGGCUUUCGGACGCAGCCUAUAACAAAAAGUUUUUUUCUGAGCAAAAACAUUUUUAAAAAUCAUAUUGACCCCUAAAUUUUGAAUGGUAGUUUACAUGUUUACACUGUCUAUGGAGGUUUUUUAGUCAUGUGAAACAUUCAUUAUGAAGUCUAAAUUUACUAAAAAUUACUAAAUUUAGGUGCCCAUGCAUAAAGUUGUUUUGGCCACAAUAUAUUAUUUUAUCUAAAUUGUCUUUAUAUAGUGAAUCAUCUGAAUCUAAAUGUUUUGACUGAUUAAUUUAAGGCUAUUUUUGGUGCCAACAAGCAUUUUAGGUAAGUUAGCAGUCAUUGUACUCUCAAAUGCACAUCUACAAAGUAAAUGAGACACAUCAUUAAGAGUUUAAUACACUUAAAUCAUACUGCUAGAUCAUACUACAUACAAAGAGUUCUGAAACUGGUAGUCAUUUCAAAAUUUCACAUGCAGCUCAUUUCUGUUUGAGGGUGAAAAUGUUAACGACUGAAUUUCUGCAGAACAAAUAAUGCUGAAAGGUUAAAUUAUUACAUUUGCAUAUAACUGUGUUGCAUAUAUAACUGUGUUUGAACAGGACGCUGCUAAGCUAGUAUGUAUUUAAGCUUUAAAAACUGGAGUUUGAUUCUCUAUCUCUGUUUAUAUUUGAUAUACAUUUCAGAAAAUAUUUUCAUUCAGAUUAUUAUUUUGAAAGAAGGUUAUUCUCUGUGGUGUAAUACCAGGGUACUAACAAUGUUGGUAUUAUAUAUAUUACCACUGUUAGUGUGUUUGUUCAUAAUAAACAGAUGUUAAGGUUAAAUAAAAAAAAUACAAUAAUGUAAAUAAAAUGUGUGUUAUUUAUUGUAAAGUGUUAAUGCAUGUUUUGAUGAUUUAUAUAAUGUAUUCUGAAAUAUGCAUGGUUUUAAGUGAUUUUAGUAUUUUGUAGUCAUUAUGGGCACAUUUAUUUCUUUUGUUGUUCACUCCAGUUUAUUCUGCUGUUUAACAAUCUGCAUAGCAUGACAAGACAUCUCUAAUAUAAAGGCAUUCAGAAAAAGAAAAAAAAACUAAUGGCCUAAACAGCCUGUGACUAAUUAAAUAAUGGGUGCAGAACUAUUAAAUCAGUUUCUGUCUGUGAGAGUAAAUGGAUGCUGUUCCAAGUUUUUUUUUUUUUUUUGGUAAAACAGCAGCAUUCAAGGUGUACUUAUACCUUUGCAUCUGUA